AUGGCAAGCGUAAACCUCAAGACCCACCUAACCCACAACGACUACACCGUCGCCGUGAUCUGCCCGCUGGAACUCGACCUAACCGCCGUCCGCUACAUGCUCGACGAAGAGCACCCGCAGCUCCCCGUCCCCGCGCAAAGCCGCGACCGAACCGCCUAUAUCCUCGGCAGACUGGGCCCCCACAACCUCGUCAUCACGACACUACCCACCGGGCCCGCCGAAAUCAACACAGCCGCCGCCGCGGCGGUGAACAUCACGCGGGCCUUCCCCGCGGUCGAGCUGCGGCUGCUCGUCGGCAUUGCGGGCGGGGUGCCCAGUAAGCAACACGACAUCCGCCUCGGCGACGUGGUCGUCAGUGCACCGGCCGGAACAUCAGGCGGCGUGGUCUGCUAUGAUCUGGGUCAGGAGACGACAGACGGGUUCGAGAUGAAGGGCCAUCUUGCGCCUGUGCCCGUGCCCUGGACGUCCAUGAUGCCGGUCAUGCAGUCGACGCACCGGAAGCAUAGCAACCGCGUUGCGGAGUACAUCUCGCUCAUGCUACACAGGCAUCCCGAGUUGAGUCGCGUGUACCGCCAGCCACCGGGCGCGACGGACGUCCUCUUCGCGUCUGAGUACCAUCAUGUCGGCGAGGGUGCGCCGUGCACUGGAUGCAACAAGCGACAUAUCGUCUCGCGGGCGCACCGGGCACCGAAGUCGCAGAUCUUCUACGGGAUUGUUGCGUCGGGGAAUCGGGUCAUUCGGAACGGCGUCGUACGGGACAGUAUUGCGCGCGACGCAGGUGGCGCCCUAUGCAUUGACAUGCAGGCUGCUGUGGUGAUGAAGGCGUUCGAGUGCGUGGUUAUCCGCGGGAUUGCGAACUACUGCGACUCGCAUGCGAGUGACGAGUGGAAUGCGUAUGCUGCUGCGGCGGCCGCGGCGGUUGCGAAGGAGAUGCUUACUUACUUUGGCCCGAUUGAGCCUAGGGUCAAGUUUCACACGCAAGAGUUGGUGCGAACUACGUCAAGGGAGGCUGCGUACGCUGAAAGCAGCAGGACCAUGAUCGAUACCAGAAUAUUCAUGAACCCGAUUUGUGGCCAAAUCGUUGCGUCCCAGGGCGACAGUGCAUCUGAAGGCCUGAUAGCACUGCCUAAGCCACAAGCCGGUGCACAUUCCGAGUACCAGCUCUUGACAGCACUUCGGCUACCUGUACCCGAAUCCAGCUUUCUUGGAGCUAUGAAAUUGAUGGACAUUUUGCAUGAUACCUGCGAAAUGAUAACUGGUCUCACGCUGAGGUUGCCACCUUUCUUCCAGCAAUUGCACCGCCAGGUUCCUCUCAUCACCCAGCUCUUCCCACAUGGCGCAUCAACGCGUGAUCCCAGGCCAGAGGGGACACGCAAGCUGUGCUUGGCUUGA